AUGAGUGCACACCUUUACCAACUCCUCAGUUCUCCGUGGCUGCGCGCCUUGCUGCAGGUUUACGAGUGCUUGUUGAGGUUUAGGAGACUGUGGCCUCGUCCCUUGCUGCCUCAUGCUUUUGGACUCUCACGUGAGGUCCAGACUGUUCUGCACACAAUGCCGAAACCUUCCACGGAUGCCGCAGAACUUCAUCUACUCCUCAGCUCUCCACACAUGAAGGCCCUGCUGUCCUGUCACGACACUGUCGCUCAGGCAGACUUUGACCCUGUAUUGGCGCCGCUACCUGACGAGUCGCUUGAAGACCUGGACGCUGUGAGGAUCGUUUUGCUGGACAAGAAUGAACAACCUCUGGGGGCCACCAUCAGAAAAGACAAGGAGACAGGAGAGAUCCUUAUUGCCAGGGUGAUUCGUGGAGGGCUUGCAGACCGCAGUGGUCUUCUUCACGCUGGAGAUCUUCUGGUAGAGGUGGAUGGGAAGCCACUGGUGGGGUUGGAACCAGAGCAGGUCAUCCAGAUCCUGAUGAGGUCAGAGGGUGCCAUCCAGUUCAAAGUCAUUCCAAAUGUGUCCCAGCUGAGCACCAUCAACAAACCAGUCUACGUGAGGGCUUUGGUGGACUAUUGCCCGCUGCAGGACCCGUCAAUUCCAUGCCCCGAUGUCGGAGUCAUCUUCAGUAAAGGGGAUGUCCUGGAGGUAUUAGAGCAAUCAGAUGAACACUGGUGGCAGGCGAGGAAGAUAACAAGCACAACCUCCUUUGCCGGAUUGAUUCCAUCCCCCACCACGUUCAGGAGUAAGCAGAAGGAUCCUAAGGAAUGUGCAGAAGACAAGGUAGACAAGGAUGAACGUGUCGACGAAGGCAGCAAAUCAGAGGCCGAAUCAUCAGAUAUUCCUGACUGGCUGUAUCUCGCGGGUUUCCGUCGCAGCUUCUGUCUGUUGAGGAGGUCUUUGUCCAAGAGGCGGCGUCAGUCUUGCACCAGCAUUAGUGCCUCCUGCACCGCUGGUGCCACACCCUAUGAGGAAGUGGUUCUCUACCGACGAGCCCCUCAGGAUCGACACCGCCUAAUCAUCCUCAUAGGCACGCCAGGAGUGUGUGUCAAUGAACUCAGACAGAACCUCAUCAAACUCAACCCGGACACUUUCCAGGGACCUGUACCACACACCACACGACCAAUCAGAGCAUGGGAGGAAACGGGCAGAGAUUAUCACUUUGUCAACAAAGAACUCUUUGACUACAUGGUGUGCAGCCACAGGUUCGUGGAAUACGGCGAAUAUGCGGGCCACAAGUACGGGACAAGCAUCGACGCCAUCAAUGAGGUCAUCAAAGAGGGACAUGUGUGCAUUAUUGACAUCGAACCACAUAACAUUUCUUCUGUAAGGACCAGAAAGUAUAAACCGUUUGUGAUCUUCAUCAAAGCUCCCAGCUUGGACAAACUUGCACACACCAGAGGAGAUGCGAGAGUCAUUUGCAGUUACCAAAACAACAAAAACCUCACCAUGCAGGACUUGGCAGACCUGGCGGAGUCAUCUCGUCAAAUGGAGCUGAAGUACAAACAUUUGUUUGACGAGGUGUUCAUCAAUGAGCAGCUAACUGACACCUGCGCUAAGCUACAUGCCGCUGUCUCGCGGGCACAGGAGGAAGCUAACUGGAUCCCUUCCAACUGGACUUGA